AUGGUCAAUAGUCCUGAAGAAGGAGAUCUUGCUUUAAAACACAGGGUUUAUAAAGCAGUGCAGCUGCUGGCAGAGCUCAGGGCGAGCGAGGCGGCACGCCGGCCCGUCGCGGCGACGUGGCUGCUCGACCUCGAGCACCUGCCGGAGGCUGAAGCGGUGCAGCAGGUUCGUGUUUGUGUCUCCAGGAGUCAAGCCAUGUUUCUCAACGGGCUCGUGCAGGUCCCGGAGCCGUCCAAGCGUGGGGGCACCGUCUCAGACGGAUGCUCUCUGCGGGCAGCAGAGAGGGGCCUGGGGACCUUUCAGGUCACCCAGCUGCCAGGGAAAGGUCCCGUCAUCGUCCUUGGCACGUCCAGGCGUUGGACCCGCCUGCCUCGGCCCGGACGGAGCCUCCCCGGGAGCGGGCAGGCAGCGGCCGGCCCUCGCCCUCGCCCGCGGCCGCCCAUGGCCCGGCUCUGCCCGGUGGCGGCCGGGCUGCUGCUGGGCACGGCGCGGGCCGCCCGCGACCCGGCGCUGCUGGAGCACCACCGAGUCACCCUCUGCAUCAACGUGUCCCGGCAGCAGCCGUUCCCGGGCCUGCGGCACGUCCGCUGCCUGCGCGUGCCCGUUCUCGACGACCCGGCCGAGGACCUGGCCCGGCACUUCGAGCGGUGCGGCGAGGCCAUCGAGGAAGCGGUGGCGAGCGGCGGGACGUGCCUGGUGUACUGCAAGAGCGGCCGCAGCCGCUCGGCCGCCGUCUGCACCGCCUACCUCAUGCGGCACCGAAACCUCACGCUCGAGGAGGCCUUUGCGACCGUGAAGGCUGCCAGACCAGAAGCAGAACCUAAUGCAGGAUUUUGGGCUCAGCUGCAGAGAUAUGAAGAAGACUUACAAAACAAAAGCAGUCUGCUGAGCAAAGGACUUAGUUCUCUUUAA